AUGCCCCUCUGGAGUCUUACAAAGGAACGCAAAGACGAUUUGCUGGCCCAACGUGACUCUAAACAGGCCGAACUUAAGGCGCUAAAGGAGCUGACCCCUACUUCCAUGUGGACCAAAGACCUGGAAAAACUUGAAGCUGCUUACUUGAAACGUGAAAAUGAUUUCAAAGUCGCACUUGAAGAAGCCCUUGAUCUGGGUGAAAAAAAAUUAUCCUCUUCAAAGCCAUCUGGUUCAGCAGCUCGCAAGGGCAUCAAAGCACAGCGCCGAGCCAAGGAAACUUUGCCUGAUUCGUUUGGGCGGCGCAUUAUUCCUGUCGUUGAUAGUGAUUUGAUUCGCAAAGUGGAUGGCGAUCGCAAGAAAAAGGCACUUAAAAGGCUAGCUGCUGGUGCUGGUGAUGAAGAUGACGAUAUCAUGAAUACUAGCUUAACUGGCGAGGAUUAUGAGUUUGGCGGAGAAGAUCCUAAGCCACUGAUAGAGCGGCUAAGUCUGGGUCCCGUCAAGUCCGUAGGCGAACGGAACAAGCCUUGCAAGUUGGUUGUGAAAGGCAAUCGAGGUCGGGGACUAGCACGCAUCGGCUCCAAAGCUGGUGAAGAAGGUAUGAUUUCUUAG